AUGUCACUGACGGCGGAGAGCGAGGUAGAAUUCAAAGGGAGUUGUUACUGUGGUGAUGUAACUUAUGUAGCAAAAGGAAAGCCGAUUUUGAGCGCAUAUUGCCAUUGUACGCUCUGUCAGCGACUCGCAGCCUCCCCGUGCGUCGCUACCAUCCAUUUUCCUGCCGCUGCAUUUAACUGGACACACGCCGAGCCACACGAAGCUGCUUUCGACGUAUACUCUGUAGCCACUAAACCUUGGAAGAAUCGAUUCCGAUGUAAAGGCUGCGGUGCUUGUGUAGCGUCUUAUUCAACCACCAAGUUCAAAUAUAGUGUGUGGGCGGGACAACUCGAGCGAGAUGAAGAAGGAAAGAUUAGAAAUUGGGAUUUGAUCAAGCCGACGGCGCAUAUGUUUUAUGCGACAAGGAUGUUGGACUUCAACGACGAGCUACCGAAGUGGGAAGGGUAUGAAGGCCAGUCGAAGCGGAUAGGGUGA